UGCUCUUGGUUUUGCCCGUUUGUCAAUACUUACCACAGAGUACAAUGUUUGUAAAUAAAAAACUGAGUUUGAUGAGAUUACGAUUUUCCAUCAAGGAAUGAGUCUAAAAGGUAUAAAAUUAGUAACUUUCGAUGUUACCAAUACUCUUUUAAAAUUCCGUAUGCCUGCUUGGCAGUAUUAUACUUUAAUUGCCCGUGAUCAUGGCUUCACUGGAAACGAAGCUAUCGUAGAAGGGCGAUUCAAGGAGAGUUACAAAGUGAUGCUAAAUAAAUAUCCAAACUUUGGCAGAUCAAAGAUUACUUGGGAAGAAUGGUGGACAGAAGUUAUUAAGAAAACUUUUGAAGGACAACUCCCAGCUACCGCAAAUAUUUAUACUAUAGCAAACAAACUUAUCAACGAAUUUAGAACUGCAAAAUGUUGGCGUGUUGAACCAACAGGAGACAGGCUACUUUGUGAUUUACGACGGCAAUGUAAAACUCUUGGUGUUAUAUCAAAUUUUGAUCCACGUUUGAAUGAGAUAUUAAGAAAUGUGAAACUCCAAAGUUAUUUUGACUUUGUGUUGGCUUCAUAUCAAGUUGGAUAUAGUAAACCUGAUAAGAGAAUUUUUGAUCAUGCCAUAGAGCAGUGUAAAUAUUUAGUGAAACCAUCAGAAGCUCUUCAUAUAGGCGAUGAUCUCCACAAGGACUAUGAAGGUGCUAAGUCUGCUGGAUGGCAUGCUAUUCUUAUAUCUAACAGUCAUAAACCAAAAGAAUCACCAGAAUCAAAACAUGUGUUCAAGAAUUUAGAAGAAUUAAGUUUAAAAAUAAGUGAAAACAAUAUACAGCUAUGAUAACUUUUUUUUUAAGUUUAUUAUUUCUGUCUGCUAUCAGCCUCUCAGUAUAAUCAGACUAACUGAUAUUCCACACUUUGUGAGACCACACAUUUGGUGGUCUCUUUUUUAUGUUAUGACUGGUAUCAAGAUGUGCUAUAGCAGGUAUAUUUUUAUUUCACUUUGAUAGGCUAACAGAU